AUGUUUCUCUUGGUAUCUUUACCUCAGCUUUAUCCACUGUCGGAACUUGUUGCUGGCGUGUCACUGGCAUCCUUGAAGAAGGUCCACCUGGAGCAAGCCCUGGUGCAGUACCUGAACGAGUUCCACCCGUGCAAGUGCGCCCCCUGUCAGAACAACGGCAAGGCGGUGCUGAUUGGGACUACCUGCGAGUGCGUCUGUCAGAAUGGGACGUAUGGCGAGUCCUGUGAGAAAGUGAUUGACUCCGUCUUCGGUAUCCCUCUAGUAAAAGUCGACGUUGACGGGAGCUGGAGCUGCUGGACCGGCUGGUCGGUCUGCUCGGCUUAUUGCGACGGCGGGAAGAGCUAUAGGCAACGCUUCUGCGACAACCCGUAUAACUCCAGCAGGGGCCAGUUCUGCAUGGGGGACGAAAAUGACUCCAAAACCUGCAAUGUCUUCCCCUGUGACGGGCCUGGUACCACGCUGUUCCCGGGGGCUCCCCCUACCUCAGCGCCGCAGACUGGUGAGAAGAUCGUGACUGUGUCCGUACUGGCCGUAGUCGCCUGCCUGGCUGUGAUCGGGCCCGUGCUGGCCUUCCGAUUCGGCUGGAGGAGGAGGAGGCUGGAAUCUUACGCCAGCCUGAGCGACACUACGCCGAUUGUGAAAGCCUAGUACUGUCUCAGACCU